GAAGUGGUUUACCUUGAUUACGUGCUACCGCCGGCAUAACGUACACAGCCUGUCCUGCAUGACAUUUCAACGCACCAAUCACUUGCGGAGGAGCUGAUUGAGUCUACUUCCCUACACAGCUAGCUGAGGGGAAACGGACAGACGGCGAUCUCGCUCGGAUAUCUCAUUCAGCCGAGUCUGCACGGCCAGAUCGCCCUACGAGAGACCUCUGAGAUCCAGCGGGCCAUCGAUUCGUCUUUCAACCCGGUCACGGUGUCUGCUGCAGGGAGAUGGCCGGUAUUUUGGCGUGGUUUUGGAACGAGCGGUUCUGGCUCCCCCACAAUGUAACCUGGGCUGACUUAAAAAACACAGAUGAGGCAACGUUCCCGCAAGCCGAGGAUCUCUAUCUGGCGUGUCCUUUAGCAUUCUGCAUCUUUAUGAUACGGCUGGUUUUCGAAAGGUUCAUUGCAAGACCAUGUGCCAUGGGCCUGAAGAUCCAAGCCAACGGGCCACAGAAGGCGCAACCCAACGCCAUUCUGGAGAAGGUUUUCACUGCUAUAACCAAGCACCCAGACGAGAAGAGGUUGGAGGGCCUGUCCAAGCAGCUCGACUGGGAUGUGCGAACCAUACAGCGCUGGUUCAGGCAGCGUCGCAACCAGGAGAAACCCAGCACUCUGGCCCGGUUCUGUGAAAGCAUGUGGAGAUUUACAUUCUAUCUGUACAUAUUUACCUAUGGAGUGCGUUUCCUUAAAAAGACUCCAUGGCUUUGGAACACCAAGGAGUGCUGGUACAACUACCCUUACCAGCCACUGACUGUGGACAUCCAUUAUUACUACAUCCUGGAACUGUCUUUCUACUUGUCCUUAAUCUUUUCCCAGUUCACAGACAUCAGGAGGAAGGAUUUCCUGAUCAUGUUCCUGCACCAUGUGGCAACAAUCUCCCUCAUCACCUUUUCCUACGUGAACAACAUGGCACGAGUGGGAACUCUGGUCAUGUGUCUCCAUGAUGCAGCCGACGUGCUGAUAGAGGCUGCCAAGAUGGCCAAUUAUGCCAAAUGUCAGAUACUCUGCAACCUCCUGUUCGCAAUGUUUGCAGUUCUCUUCGUAAGUUCCAGGCUGGGAGUUUACCCUGUCUGGAUUUUAAAUACCACCUUGUUCGAAAGUUGGGAGAUUGUAGGGCCCUACCCGUCCUGGUGGGUCUUCAACCUGCUUCUGAUCCUGCUGCAGCUUCUUCACUCUUUCUGGUCCUACCUCAUAGUGAAGACGGCGUGCCGAGCCAUCUCCAAAGGAAAGGUGGGAAAAUGGAAUCCAUUACAUGUGUCUAAAGACGACCGCAGUGACAUCGAGUCCAGCUCUGAUGAGGACGACAGCCCCCCACCCAAUCAGAAGCACCACAGCAGCACCACCACCACCAAUGGGACCAACAAAAAUCACGGGACCAACGGCUACCUCACAGGAGCCCCGUAUCCCGACGAACACUGACUAAGCUGAUAUCACAACACCGGAGCCAUGCUACAGACAGCAUCCAUCAAUCUGUGUGUGAGUGUAUGUGUGUGUGUGUGUAUUUGCGUGUACGGUGGAGACAUGAACAACAUUGCCUCUCUGGUACUGGAAGAUCAUGAUAGAUUUAUGUGAAUGCAGUUUUGUCAUCAGUUGGGGUCUUUACUAAUUUCCUCUCAUGAUUUCUUCUCUUGAUCUCUAUAUUUGCAUCAAACUGCACUCGGUGAAAUAUCCAAGCACUCCUGUUGGUACAGCCCACUCUCUGUUUAGCCAAUGAAUGAAAGCGUUCCACUUUAUGGUGUAAGCAUGCUACUUUAACAUACAGUAGUCUGGCAUACUGGGGGUGUGAUUUUUCUUAUGUUUGUGUCUUUCUAUGUUAUUUAUUUUUUAUAAAUAUGUUCGCAGGUGGUAGUCGGACAUCUGUUCUCCUCUGAUGUCAGUGUUAAAGACGAAAUAAUCCUGAACAACAGCAGCUGUUUUGUUUUUUUCCCACCACACGUCACAAUAAUGAUUAUAAGCAACAUGCUGAAGACCUGGAUUUUUUUUUUAAUGCUACACCCCCAAAGAUAUGCCAAAAUGUGUGAAGUUUACUCACAUUUUGAAAUACAUUCUCCACUCAAACUGUAUAUGAGAUGUCAAUAACAGUAUUACGUGUGUGCGUCAGAUUUGGCUAGAAGCUGUAUUCCCUAUUAAACCAUUUUGGUUAAGUAUUCUGGUACAUUUCUGGUUAGCAUUUCAUUAAAGGCCAUUUGUCCUCUUAUGGGGCAGACAUGAGUUGUUUGAAUUAUUCAAUAAAAAAACAAAA